GGAUAACACAGUGCCCGCCCCCAACUCUCCAAGUUCUGCGGGUCACGUGACGCUGCUGGUCCUCCCUGUGUUUUCUCCCCAGUCACUCGCUUCCUGUACUCACUCUGGGUUUCAACUCCUCCUUCCAACUCGGAGGGGGUGGUCUCUCUAUGGUUUCCUGAAGCUCCGUGAAACUGACAGGAGCCGGUGUGCCGGGUGUCGGUACCCCUGGUUCCUGGGUGGACGCCAUGCCGGUGAUUGUUGCAGUGCUUGCGGUGUUGGUGCUGCUGGCUGUGGGAGCCCUGCUCCUGGGAAGAUGGCUGCUUUAUCGCCUGGUGACUAAGUGGUGUCAGCGGAAGCUAGGAGCUGAUUUAAAAAUUGGAUCAUUGGGUUUUUUCUGGCUGCAGAACAUCACUUUAAAGUUUGGGAAUCAGCAGCAACAAAUACUGGAAAUAGACAGCAUCUGGAUAUCAAGCAAACUCCUGAAUCAUGAGUUACCUCACUACUUUGCUCUGUGUCUUGGGGAAAUACGGAUUCGAGCUGAUCUACAGGGCAUGGCAGGUGUUUCCCGAAAAGUUCCCAAUUCUUCAGCUGAAGUAUCCAGUGAGCGCAGAGAAAGACCAGUCAUCAGUCCAUCACUACUAAAAAUCCUUUCUCAAUUACUCUCUGUACAUCUGGACUCCAUCAACAUUAUGGUUUUAAAUGUGGCUGAAUCUGAAUCCCUUUGGCACAUGACUAUUUCAAAGAUGUGUUUCCUAGUAGAAAGUGAUGGAAAAAGGUUGGACUGCACAAUGAGUCUUAAUCAGCUGACCAGCAAAUUAUUAAAGAGCAGCCAGCAGGAUGAAGCUUGCCUUGCAGAAUUGACAUUAGCUCUAACUGUGCAAUGCAGCAUCAGUGAGAGGUCCCUGCGAUCAGUUAGCCUGAGAGUAUGCAGCCUUCAUUCGGAACUUCACGAGAGUCUGUUCAAUAGUGACUUUUUCUAUAAGGCACUGGUUUCAGCAGAGAAAGACACUGAUAAGCAGAAUGAUGUUGCUGCACAACACGAGGACACAGAAACUGUUACAUCUCCAAAAUGGUUGCAAAUGAUUGAACAGCUUCCAUGCAGUGUGGAUGUGGGGUUUGAGAACAGCACUGUUGUCCUUUCAAUGAACAGUCAGCAAAGGCACCUUAACUGGACUUUGAAACUCCUGCAGUUUUCAUAUAAGCGAGAAGAAGAUCAGUUGCCACUGCGCAAGUUUAUUGGUGUGUCAGAUCUGGCACAGAUGGGAUUUGAGCUCAUUGUGGAAGAUGGCCUACUAUUGUCUCAGAGCCGACAAAGAAUCAUCUGCUUGAAUCACCUUAGAGCCAGUUUGCAGGUCACCUCCAUAGAUAUUAAAAUUUAUGUUGCACUCAACACAUGUAUAAUUCACUACCGCCACUUGGAAUUUUCCCAUUGGUUUAACUUGCUGGCGCUGGAACGCCAGUUUCCUAAUUCCCCAGAAGCCUCAACCAAAAACAGACGACCUCUUCCUGUGAUUAUGGCACCUAUUGUUUUUGACUCCUACAUUUCUAAUGUUAAUGUGUCUGUCCAGCUUGGGGAGGCACAGCCUUUUGCAGUGGGGUUUUCAUCAGUUUCACUGGAGUUUAAGCACCUGCGCACACAAAACCUUCAUCAAAGGGCACUGCUCACUAUUAGCCACUUAUGUUGGCGUGUUGGGAAGGACUCUCAUAUCCAGCAGGCUCUUCAUCCCCCAAGCACACAUGUGUGGGGGGAGGCACUUGUCCUUGACUCAUUCAGCCUGCAGGGCAGUUACAACCAGUCUCUUGGUGUUGGCAUUGUGAAUGAAGACAGUGUUUUUAUAGAGUCAUCUGUACAAGGCUUGCAAUUGGAGUGCUCAGACACCUGUGCAGAAUGCCUUUCUCGUGUUCUAAGCCUCUUACCAACAGUCCCCAAAUUCCCUGCACCAUCUUUAAAAGAACCACUGCCUCACAUGUCCCCUUCUGAAGAUCAGGGCAACAAACAGGGUCUCCUUUGGAAAGUGGAUGUUAGAAUUGAAGAAGUGAACUUGUUUACAUUGUCCAGCCUGGUGGGGGCUUCACAGGUCAGGUUGGACCUGCUUACUGCCAUUGGAAGUGUUGAGAGCUGUGAUCUGAGCCUACAGGGAGUGGCUUUUUCUUUGUUAAAGUCCAUCACUGAAAAAAUGGAGCUGUGCUGCAGGGCCCAGGACAUCACUGAACCUCUGCUCUACUUCUCCACACUGUCCCUGACUUAUAACAGCACUAUACAGGCAUUAAAUGUGCUGUUUGGGGAGGAGUUGCUUCUGCAGUGGAGUCCUUGGGAUCACAUGUACUUAUAUCAGCAUACACUGUCCACCUUGCAGUGCAAGGAUUUGCUGCUUUCCCAUAUAGUUAAAGAAGGGCAACUUCCAGGCUCUUCCACAGCAGAAAGUGGUGAAAACUGUGCAUCAUCACCUCAGAAUAAAAAAAAGGGUAGCCCUGAACUCAAACAUGGUUUCCACCGGAAAUGCUUGCAGAUUACCCUGGAGCUGAGCUCUUUGAGACUGCAGGCCUUUGUUUCUCAGGAGAACAUAUUCCUCUUAAGAACUCAGAAGUUAUGGUUACAUCAACAUGGGGGCUCUAUUACCCUACAUUGCCCUGAAGCAACUGUAUGUGCUGAUGACCACAACAUUUUCCUCUUUAAGGAUCUUGAAGCUCAGAGACUGACAGAACUGGAAGACAUGCUGUUGCAUCGUAUUCAUUUUCCCUCACUACUUACAAAAAGGAAUAGGGCUUGGGUGUUGUCAUUCAGCAGUGUCUCAAUGGAAUUUCCUCACCGUUAUGACUUUUCUUGCAUAUUGGACCAUGCUAUUGGUGUGCAAAAGUGGCUGAAGGGGCUGCACAAUUUCUCAAAAACUGUAAAUGCCCCACUUCCACCUGACCUGGUGCUGACAGUGAAGCAGUUUUCUUUUGCAUUCUUAGAUGAUGUCUUCGAGGUUAAGCUCAGGGAUAAUUACGAACUCAUGAAGGAUGAGAGCAAGGAGAGUGCUAAAAGGCUGCGACUACUUGAUGAUAAAGUAGCUGCCUUGCGCAAGCAGCAUGGAGAACUACUACCUGCAAGGAAGAUUGAGGAGCUCUAUUCAUCCCUGGAGAAGAAGAACAUUGAAAUCUAUAUCCAACGAUCAAGACGUCUUUACAGCAACACUCCAAUGCGGAAGUCUCUGCUGACCUGGACUAUGUCUGACCUUGAAGUGGUAGCCGUAGCAGAUGAAUCCUUGCAUGGUCCAGAGAAUGUUUUAAAGAACAUGAGGGAAAUUGACAGUGUCAGCCCACUACCCACUGAGGGGCUCUCUCUGGUUAUUCAGUGGUGUCGUAUGAUGAAAUGCUCCCUGAAAACUUUCUAUGUUCGAAUACGUGAUUAUCCUCGUUACCUGUUUGAGAUCCGGGACUGGCACCUCUCGGGGAGACUUCUUGGGGCUGAGCAGAGUGGUCAAGCCAGUGCACGCAGGAAACAAGUCUUGCAUUUGGGGAUUCCAUGGGGUGAUGCAACAGUGGAGAGAAACAUGCCACCUCUGAAGUUCUUUCAUGAUUUUCACUCUGAGAUCCAGCUGUACACCAUUGUAUGGGGCCCAUGCUGGGACCCAGCCUGGACACUGGUGGGGCAGUAUGUGGACCUUCUAACCAAACCUUCAGUGGACCCCAGCACACCUUUGCCAUGGUGGGACAAAAGUCGAUUGCUUCUACAUGGGCACUUUAGUAUGGACAUUGAGCAGGCUAACUUACACCAGCUGGCGACUGAGGACCCAUAUAAUACAACAGAAAACAUGCACUGGGAGUGGAGUCACCUCAAAUUUGCCUGGAAUCCAGGACAGUUUGUGUUUAAGGGGGACCUUGAUGUCAAUGUCCGUACUGCCUCAAAGUAUGAUGACUGCUGCUUUCUUCACCUACCCGAUCUCUGCAUGAUUUUUGACCUGCAGUGGCUGUGCCAUGGAAAUCCCCAUGAUCAUCACAAUGUAGCACUUCGUUCCCCAGACUUUCUGUCAGAGUUCUCUUCCAUUCAGCAACAUGAUUCUUACCGUGCCUUCCGCUCUGAGAACAUCAAUUUAUCCAUCAAGAUGGAUUUAACUCAGCCCCAUUCUGAAGUCUCCCAACCUCGUAUCCUGCUUUAUAGCAGUACCCUGCGCUGGAUGCAGAAUUUCUGGGCAACUUGGAGCAGUGUGACAAGGCCCAUUUGCAGAGGGAAACUCUUCAACAAUUUGAAGCCGGGGAAGAAAAAACUUGGGCAGCAUUACAAACAGAUGUCUUACACAGCGCUGUUUCCCCAGCUGCAGAUUCACUACUGGGCCUCCUUUGCACAGCAGCGUGGGAUUCAGGUGGAAUGCGAUCAAGGAGAAAUCUUCACUCGUGGGGUACAAAGGCUCAUUCCACAAGCUGGAACAGUGAUGCGCCGCCUAAUUUCAGAAUGGAGUGUACCACAAAUGACCAGUAAACUGAGCUUUGUGACUGUACACCUUAUGGCUUCUGCCUGUGAUGAAAAUGCUGACCACCAGCUUGAUAAUUUAGUGCAAAAAACUCACCUGCUCAGCCUAUCCUCUUUAAGUUAUGAAAGGCAGGAACUGUCACCCACUGGCGAGGAGAAUACCAUGUACACCCACCGGUUGCAUCUAGUGGAUCUCCGAGCAUCUUGGACAACUCUGAACCGAGAUAUUGCAUUUGGCUUGUAUGACGGCUACAAGAAGGCAGCUGUUCUGAAACGCAACCUCUCCACUGAAGCACUUAAAGGGUUGAAAAUUGAUGCGCAGAUGCAGGCGAAGAAGCUGAAACGUGGUUCCAUGCGCAGCUUUCCCCCUCCUAAGAAAGUCACAGCACCAAUUGUCACUGGCAGAACUGAAAGGUCACCCUCAGGAGGUGCAGACAUGCUGCAGAAACUGAUAGAGGAGACGGAUAAAUUUGUGGUAUUUACUGAAGAAGAGUCAGGGGUGAGCGAACAACUCUGUGGCAAAGCUCCUUGCCAGGACCAAGACAUCCUUAACCAUAACUGGUUAAUUGAGUUGGUUAAUUGCCAGAUGGUGCUACGAGGUGCAGAGACAGAGGGCUGUGUUAUUGUAUCAGCAGCCAAAGCACAACUUCUGCAGUGCCAGCACCAUCCGUCUUGGUAUGGAGAUACCUUGAAGCAGAAGACCUCGUGGACCUGCCAGCUUGACAGCAUGCAGUAUUUUGCCACAACAGAAAGCAAUCCUGCUGAAGUAGAAGACAGCCAGUGCUGGUUGGAGGUGAAAAACAUCGAAGAGCAUCGACACAGGAACCUUGACUCUGUGCAGGAGCUGAUGGAGAGUGGCCAAGCUGUAGGGGGCAUGGUCAGCACCACUACAGAUUGGACUCAACCAUCUGAAGUCCAGCAAAACCUGCAAAUGCAGAGGAUCAUUUCACGUUGUAACUGCCAUAUGUAUUACAUCAGCUACAGCCAUGAUAUUGACCCUGAACUGGCCAUGCAGAUCAAACCUCCACCCACACCUGUACACCCAGAGAAGGAAGAUCUGCUGAAAGGGCAAGAAGCAGCGGCUGAUACUUUCACCUUAAAGCACCAGCACUUGGAGAUAUCCACCAAUCCUGCACAGUAUGCAAUGAUCUUAGACAUUGUUAAUAACCUACUUCUUCAUGUGGAGCCUAAACGCAAGGAGCACAGUGAGAAGAAGCAGCGAGUACGUUUCCAACUGGAGAUUUCCAGCAACCCUGAAGAGCAGCGCAGUAGCAUAUUGCAUCUGCAGGAAGCAGUAAGACAACAUGUUCUCCAAAUACGCCAAUGGGAAAAGCAAAUGUACGCCAUCAUGAAGUUACUGCAUGAUGAGAGUAAGAAUGAAUCUCUGAAUGAGCAACUCCAAAAACUACAGAGUCAGUUGUUCCAGGAAAAGAUGGAUUUGCAGCAGAAAAGUGAAGAACUAAACAUUUUGAUCAGGUGUUUCAAAGAUUUCCAGUUGCAGCGAGCCAACAAGAUGGAGCUGCGCAAGCAGCCGGAAGAUGUCAGUGUAGCACGUCGAACUGAAUUCUACUUUGCGCAAGCAAGGUGGCGCCUAACUGAGCAGGAUGGGCAGCUGGGCAUUGCAGAGCUGGAACUGCAGCGUUUCCUCUAUAGCAAGGUAAAUAAGUCUGAUGACACUGCAGAGCACCUUUUGGAGCUGGGUUGGUUCACAAUGAAUAACUUGCUCCCUAAUGCUGUCUACAAGGUAGCACUGCGACCUCAAAUGCCUGGGCAGUCUGGGAGACAACUUGCAUUACGAAUUUUCAGCAAAGUCAGGCCACCUGUAGGUGGCAUUUCUGUCAAAGAGCACUUUGAGGUCAAUGUGGUUCCCCUCACCAUCCAGCUGACGCACCAGUUCUUUCACAGGAUGAUGGGAUUUUUCUUUCCUGGGCGAAAUGUGGAGGAUGAGGAAGUUGGGGAUGAAGAAGAUAAAUCCAAGCUUGUUACAACGGGAAUGCCAGUCGUGAAGCCUCGGCAACUUAUGGUGGCAGACGAUGCUGUCUCACUUGGUCCUGGCAAGGGAGUUGGUCAGGGCUUAAACAGGACAACUGGGGUCAGGAGAUCUUUCCGGAAAGCACCUGAGCACCCUGUGGAUGACUUGGAUAAAAUGAAAGAAAGAGCUGCAAUGAACAAUUCAUUUAUCUACAUAAAAAUACCGCAGGUGCCUCUGUGUGUGAGCUAUAAGGGUGAAAAGAACAGUGUUGAUUGGGGUGACCUUAACUUAGUGCUGCCUUGCCUGGAAUAUCACAAUAAUACCUGGACGUGGCUGGAUUUUGCUAUGGCUGUAAAGAGGGACAGUCGCAAGGCACUGGUAGCUCAGGUCAUUAAAGAGAAAUUGCGCCUAAAGCCAGCAGCGGGUGUGGAAACCAAAGUCAAGGGAGAGACAAAAACAGACAUGAACCAGCAGGAGGAAGAUGAGAAGGCGAGGUUGCUAAUUGGACUCAGUAUGAGUGAUAAAAACACUGGAAAGAAAUCAAUCUUUUCGAGAAGAAAAUAAGCAGUGAAGUGCUGAAACAGUGAAGAAGGGUGUUAUGUUAAGGCAGAUUUACUGGGGGACACUGCUGCAAAUCUUCUGCCGCAGACAGGCUGCCAGUCUGCAUUCUAGUGAAUCAGGACACAAAAGAGGGAGGUGGACAGAGGAGUUAGGGCUUCCAAGCAGUGUUUGCUCGGAAAGUCAUGCUGAAGAGAAAGAAUGCACUAGAAAAUAACAGAACAUUUAACAUUGCUCCUUAUAGGCCGUGAGCAACAAAAUAAUGUUGCUAAAGCAGGAAAGAGUUGUUCUUUAUGUAUUUGUGGACAGAGCUUACAUCCACGCCUUAACCCACAGUAGAACUUUUAUUUUACCCAUAAUGCAUAUACACAAAAUGCAUUGACUUGGUGUUAAGUCCAUGCUGCACUUUCAUUACAUUCUGACAUACACUUACAUUGGGACAUGGAAUAAGCAAAGGGGCUGUCCUCUAAACUUCUGUCUAUUCCCAGGUACUAGUUUUCAGCAGAAUCUGGGAUUUGGGGCAUGUAACAUAAUAACAGUGGCAAGUUAUAGGCAGCUAGUCAGCUUGACUACUGAAGAGCCAGAGCUCUGCAUGUCUGACUGGUCUGGUCUGUUAAAGGGGUUGUUCGCCUUUGAGAUUACUUUUAGUAGGAUGUAGAGAGUUAUAGUCUGAGAAAAUCUGCAAUUGGUUUUUGUUCCAGUAGCUUUCUGGUUGCUAGGGUCCAAAUUACCUUAGCAACCAUGGAGUGGUUUGAAUGAGAGACUAAUAUAUAAAUAGGAGAGGCCUGAAAAGAAAAAUAAGUCACAAAAAUGAACAACAAAUUGUAGCCUCACAGAGCAAUUGUUUGUCGGCUGCUGGGGUCAGUGACCCUCAUUUGAAAGCUGCAAAGAGAAGAACAUAAAUAUUUCAAAAACUAUAAAGUAAGUAAUAAGUAAUGAAGACCAUUUGAAUUGGCCAUUCUAUAGCAUACUAAAAGUUAACUUAAAGGUGAACCUGCCCUUUAAAAGCAUAUAACUCAAUAAUCUAACAGAUGUCUGCGGCACAGGCUUUACUGCUACCGGGCAGAACCAAUGUAGUCUUAACAUUAUGCAUAAGCUAGCAACAGAUUUAAAGUGGAAUAGAAUAUCAUAACUGAAGAACAUCGCACCUUUUGUCAUUUUAAAUGCAGAAAUAAGUUGAGGGACUUCAUCCCUCUCAUGUCUUAAAUUUUUCCCAGCAGAAGCUGUUUACCUUGAUGUGAGCUUACAAAGUAACAUGGAAAUGCUCGCCAUUACAAUUAGCGGCUUUCUAGGAAUUAGAUCUCAGAUGAAGAUUGUACUUUGGAGGAAAUGCAGACUAUGUCGAGAACAGUAAGAUAGCUCAUGCAUUUCAAUUCCCCAAAAGCUGUUUGCUUAUGUUUAUUGCUUUCUGCAUACACUGCGAGGGCUUGAUUGGGCUAAAUCCAGCUAUUUAUAUGCUGAAGGCCUGGCGCACAUCAUUAUUGCCCAUAUCAAGGCAUUUUGGGUUGUUCUUCUUAUCCACUCUGGCUUCACCAAUAUUCAAGCUAACCCAUACCUUAUACCAAGUAUGUUUCAUAGAAUUUAAUGCAAUUUCAUGGAAAUACUGGGCUGUAAACAGGUAUUUAUAGCCGUAACCAGUGGACUAAACCUGAAAUUGUCUUAGGUCCACUUUAUAGCAGUGUAUUAGGUAAUAUUAUCUCUUCACAUACUUUAGUGCAGCAUCAUUGUAGAAUGCAUUGGUAUUAAGUACCCAUCCUUCCCAGAAAUAAAUCACCCAGAGGGGCUGAUUUAGUAACAUGGGUACUGUAUUGCAGCAGUGUCAUUUCCUAGCGCAACCAACGAGCAAUAAGUUAUCAUUGCUUCAACUUGGAAAAUGAAAGCAAUGAGCUGAUUGGUUGCUCUGUGUAGCUACACUUGUGCAUUUUUGUACCAAUGUUGGUAAAUCAGCCCUGAGACCAAUCCCACCAGAACACCAGUUAGAGUAAUGAAACUUUGUAGCCUUACUAGAGCAUUCUGGGCAUGGGAUAAUUAUUGGGCCUGACAUGCCUAAAUAUCUGAAGAUUUCCAGAUGGGCCUCAGCCUAUGCCACAGGCCUUUGUAACGCUGAGUAAUGUGUUCAUCUAGUUAGUAUGAGGGUUGUGUGCAACCUAGAGCAACACUGCUAAUUCAUUGUUACUAAACAAAAUAUUAGAAGGCAUGGGGAAAAAUAAGGUUCUUUCAUAGUUUUCUGCCCAAUAUAAGUAUUAAUUGUCAUUUUAUGGCCCGUAGUACAUAAGGCCUGUAAGAAUUAUGCUUUAUAUAGUAGAUGGUGAGAAUCACAGUGAACACUUGUGUAAUUCACACUUCAAAGCAUGGCACUUCUUGGGUAAAAAUCACCUCAUUUUGUCCUAGUCCCCUAUUUCUGUUGACAAUAGUGGGAAAUUGUCAUUUUGUGUUCUGGGUGGUUCAUCACUGUGUUAAUGUAAUAGAAGAACAUUCAGCGAUAGAACACCUCGGGUGCCUUUGUUCUAAACUCCCGCAGUUCAGUGAGUGAUAGUGAGCAUUGUGUUGCACCAGUAUUGUCCUUCCCCAUCCCUCCUUAACUGUUGCUGCACCCUGAUUUUUUUUGUAUUUUAACCUAAAAUUUCCCACUGAAAUGCAGGUUUUUCAUCUUGAGGAAAAACCAAUCAAUUACAUACUGAAUUUAUUUUCUAAAUCUGCUCCCUCUUGUUAUUAGAUUUUGUUGGUUGAUAUUUUGCUAGGCCCAUAUUAUUUUUGGGCUGUAACACAGAGGGGAGUCUAUUAAUGGGACACAUAUCUACCUGCUGUGUUGAGUCAGAUUUUAGAUAACCGUGCAUCUAAUAAUCAUUCUACAUGAGCACUAACAGAGCGGAUGUUUAACUUUUUUAUGAAAUAUAUAUAUAAUGACAUAUUUAUAUGCAUUGAGGGGGCUGAAUGCAGUUGAUGCUGCUACAGAGGUGUAUAGAUUCCUGCUCUCAUCUGCAGACAUUUGCACUUUUUGGAACAGAUUACUCUCCAGAAACAAUGAUUAAAAUCAUAUUGUUACUUUUAAA